AUGGGCCUUUGGAGGGAGGGCUGCACUAGAGCGGAACUGAAUGUGGAGGUCUCCUUCUCCUACCCUAGCCUAGUGAUUGAUACACUGAAGGAAGUGGAUGAAACCCGCAAGUGCUACCGCAUGGUCGGAGGUGUGCUGGUAGAGCGGACCGUCAAAGAGGUGCUGCCUGCCUUGGAGGGUAACAAAGAGCAGAUACAGAAGAUCAUCGAGACACUGUCACAGCAGCUUCAGGCAAAGGGGAAAGAACUCAAUGAAUUUCGGGAAAAGCACAACAUUCGUCUUAUGGGGGAAGAUGAGAAGCCAGCAGCCAAGGAAAGCUCAGAAGGAGCUGGUGCUAAGUCCAGCUCAGCAGGAGUGCUGGUCUCUUAG